GAGAGCAUAUCGACACGAUAAACUUGCGAGAGCUCUUCCCAGAAAGCAGUCGUCGACUCGUUGAAUAUGUGCACACGUGUUUCAUUUACAUAGGUAUGUAAGUGAUUUGUGAGCAAGUUGCGUUUGAGAGCAAUGGCAGAGAAGAAAACGUGGACGCGCAAAGAGAUUUUUUCAUUAAUCUCGCAGUGGGAAUCGCGGCCCGAAUUGUGGGACGUAAAGCACAGAGACUUUCGAAACAAAACCAAAAAACAGAAGCUAUUGGCAGACUUGGCAGCACGGUUUAACACCGACGAUAUUGAAAUCAACAGAAAAUUGCACAACUUGCGGACGCAGUUUCACCAAGAACUCCGGAAAAUUGCGAGGAGACAAAGCCAAGCACCGGAUGCCAACGGAACGUUCCAGAGCUCAUGGGAGUUUUUCAAUGUGAUGGGUUUUAUCCGUGGCGAUUUUUCCUACUCCAAAUCAAUGGAAAUGGACGACAGUCAAGCUGAGGAUGUGUUCGAAAAUGUGAGUGAGAAACCAGUAACAAGUCUGAAAAGACCAAGCGAUACGAAAGAAUUUCCGCGAGAAGUUUUUACACCACAUAAAUCCACAAGAUUAUCAAAUUCACCAAUCGACGAUUUCCAAAUCUUCGGAGAUUUUGUAGUUUCCGAACUUAAGAAUUUGCGAUCCCGUGAAAAUCAAAAUGAACUGAAACGGAUGAUUUUGCGUGCGAUAUCGCAUAUUUCAGAAGUAGAUGACAGAAAUGCAAGUAGUUCGGAAUUACACUUGGAAUCGAAUGCUUCUGAAAGUUGUAAUUAUCCGUCAAGACCAUCCUCUUCUUCUUCCUACCAUUCAAAGUUUAGUCCUGACGAGCAAGGAGUUCAAAGUCUUCAUAACACGGAGAAGGAUUUUAAAUAAACUUUCCUGUUUGUUUGUACAAUACAUUAAUUUAAUUGGGAAUUUAGGAAUAAAAGCUUAUCUUAUUAAGA